AUGGCCGCCUCCGAUCGUAACCCCGAGGCUGCCGGUACUACAAUAGUGCAAAAGCAGGCAAUAGAGCCUUAUACCAUGGCGCAUCUGUCCAUAGCGCCAGCGACCACGACGACCGUCGUAACUACAACCACCACUACUACCACGCAGUUUCCACCCUUGUUGUUCAAACCGCCGCGUAGUCUGAGCGAACGAGACCCGAAGGAAUACCCCCUCGCCCACGCCCACGCGCCCGAGUCAUUGCGUAAAUUCUGCUUCGAUGUAGGAGGCGAACAAGCUUGUUUCCAAGAGGCCAAGGAUGUGGCAGACACUAUAGCAGAGCACAAAACCCUCCAUGGAGACAUUGCAAGCAACAAUGGGAAACUUCAGACGGUAGAAACUUUUACAGGUCAGCCUGCCUUCGCCACUCCGAGCCGCGCCGUACGAUCGAACACUAUGGCGGCCCCUAAUCACGAUGUGCGCUCCGUAUCUGGACGCCGGAAGCGAUCCUCGUCACCGCCCUCUAUUGCUGAAGCCGCCGAGAUCGCAAGUCUGCAACGUCGCAGCAAGAAACCACGCACAUCGAUUCAAGACUAUAAGAGUAGAAAUACGACAAAGCUCAGCUCGAAUCUGACACCCGAUGAGAACGAAGAAACGGCACCUGCAACACCCGACACAGAUGUGGGCGCGUCGAGCUCUUCCAAAGUACCCAGACCUGCUUUGAAUGCAAGACGGGCGGCGCUGAGGUCGUCAUCGCAACACGUCCGCCGGCAGACUGCACCUCCUUCCUGGCACCUCCAGGAGUCGUUCCCUGGCCAGCAAGACAAAGAUGCUGCGGUAGAUGACCCAAUCCCCGACACGCACGCACUUCCCGCCUCUGUUGUGGAUGGUCCUGGAAUCGCUGCCACACCCCCGAUCGCGGAUACCGAUUUAGAACCAGUUGGACCUUUCCCGACCAACGAUGCCCCGUACGCGCAAGCGGGACGUCCAGCACCUUUGAACACACUGGCGGCGCAGGACGCCAGUUUACCCAGCCCGAGCUUAUCGCCUAUCACAGCGGCAGCCAAUCUUGCCCAGCAGCACCCGUUAGGAAACUUGUACAUGGGUGAUGGGGGCGAAGAUGAUUCUAACGACGUGUCCAGCCUUGACAUUUCUCAAACGACUCUAGGUGAGAGCGAUAUGGCAUCGUUCCAGCUUUUGUCGCCCAAAUCACGGAGAAUCAAGCUACCUGAUGCGAGCCAACUUAGCACAAACCCUCAGUUACUGACCCCUUCUCUUAUGGACGUUCCGACUAUGCUAGACUCCUUCGACGCCCUUCCGGAGAAAAUGAAAACUUACGUCAUGUAUCAACUCCUCCGAAGAUGCACUAAACCGACACUCCAUUUCGUUGCAGACGUCGUCAACCCGGCUUUGAAAUGCGAUUUCAUUGCACUACUCCCUACGGAACUCAGUCUUCAUAUCAUCAACUUCCUCGACGUCAAGAGCAUGUGCAACGCGGCUCAAGUCUCGCGGAAGUGGCGGGAGCUGGUCGAUACCAACGAGUUAGCUUGGAAGUCACUCUUAGACAGAGAUGGCUACAGUCUGCCUGAGAACGAACUGGAGCGUGCCAUUACCGAGGGAUGGGGCUGGCAAUACCCAGUUUCACGCGAGAGCUACGAACGGGACCUUCGCAGUAUCAGCACUUCGUCUUAUGGUUCAGAAUCAUCUGAACCGCUUGCGCUUGGCAGUCCGGAUACUGAAGGCGCAGUAACAAGGUCUUCUUCCAGUCGAUCGAAGAGGAAGACACCUACCACUACUAAGCACUUUAGUGUCAAGAAGGCCCGCACUCAGAAGAAGAGCCCUUUCAGUUCUAGACAGCAUAUCGCAUUCUCACUGCUAUCGGACGCUUCUCAGCAGCAGGGACCUUUCGAGUGCGCAUUCAGAGCUAAAAACGUCCUCCCAGAUCCCGGCGUUGGCCUGCACACCUUAAGUAAAAUGCAUCUCUAUAAAUCGUUGUACCAGCGUCACCACCUUAUCCGCAAGAGCUGGAUGGAUGUGGAAACAAAACCGAAGCACAUUGCGUUCCGCGCCCACCAACGCCACGUCGUUACCUGUCUUCAGUUCGAUACUGAUAAGAUACUCACUGGCAGCGACGACACCAACAUCAACGUAUAUGAUACCAAGACCGGAGCAUUGCGUAACCGUCUCGAAGGCCACGAAGGCGGUGUUUGGGCGUUGCAGUAUGAAGGUAAUACUCUAGUAUCAGGGUCGACCGACCGAUCUGUCCGCGUUUGGGACAUUGAAAAGGGCAAGUGUACGCAAGUCUUUCAGGGCCACACAUCUACCGUUCGAUGUCUUGUCAUUCUCAAGCCUACGAAGAUUGGCGAGACUCAUGAUGGUCAACCUAUCAUGAUGCCAAAAGAGGAACUUAUCAUUACCGGAUCCCGAGACUCUUCGUUGAGGGUGUGGAAGUUGCCCAAGCCGGGUGAUAGGAGCAUCAUCCAGACCGGUCCCCCAGCAAACGAUUCGGACAACCCUUACUUCAUUCGCGCGCUCACCGGACACCACCAUUCGGUCCGUGCUAUCGCUGCCCACGGCGAUACUCUUGUCAGUGGAAGCUACGACUGCACUGUACGCGUAUGGAAGAUCUCAACCGGCGAAGUACUGCAUCGACUGCAGGGCCAUUCCCAGAAAGUUUACAGUGUGGUCUUGGAUACUGAACGCAAUCGUUGUAUCAGUGGUUCCAUGGAUAACAUGGUCAAAGUCUGGUCACUCGACACUGGGGCGUGUCUUUUCACUCUUGAGGGGCACACAUCACUAGUCGGUCUACUGGAUCUAAGUCAUGAGCGCCUGGUCUCAGCUGCCGCUGACUCGACUCUCCGAAUUUGGGAUCCUGAGAAUGGCCAGUGUAGAAGUAGGCUCUGCGCUCACACUGGAGCCAUUACGUGCUUCCAGCACGACGGUCAGAAGGUUAUCUCCGGCUCCGACAAGACUUUAAAAAUGUGGAAUGUGAAGACUGGCGAAUUCGUGAAAGAUCUUUUGACGGACCUUAGUGGGGUGUGGCAAGUCAAGUUCAAUGAGCGGCGAUGUGUCGCAGCGGUGCAUCGGAAUAGUAUGACGUACAUCGAGGUUCUCGAUUUUGGCGCUUCGCGUGACGGCGUACCUCUCGAGCAACGAGGACGCCGCAUCGUCGUUAACGCAAAAGGGCAAGAGACCGAAGACAUUGAUGACCUUAUCGACGCAGACCUUGUUUAG